AUAUGUAGAUGACUUCCGAUGUGAUUCAAGGUUUCCUGUCUUCUAAUCAUUCUUGAUACCACCAAUAUGCGUCCUCUUGCAGCUAAUAUGGCUGCCCCUGCUUCAACCAAUCCCGUAGACUUUGCGGCUCGCGAUUUCGAUUACCUCGUCAUAGGUGGUGGGACGGCUGGUAUUGCGGUAGCAACACGUUUAUCCGAAGAUCCCAACAUAGUUGUUGGCAUCCUUGAAGCUGGACCAGCAGCUCUGGGAGAGGAUGAUAUUAAUGCACCCAAACCGGUUCUCCAGACGCUAGGGACGAAGUAUGACUGGCAAUUUGAAACAGUUCCUCAGCCGGGAUUAAGCGGAAGAACUCUCGCAUGGCCAAGAGGGAAGGUCUUGGGAGGAACGAGUGCGUUGAACUUAAUGACUUGGAAUCGCGGUAAUAGAGAAGAUUAUGAUGCUUGGGAGAAUCUAGGGAAUAAGGGGUGGGGCUGGAAUGAUCUCCUACCAUUCUUCAAGAAAUCUGAGAAAUUCCAUGUGCCUGACGAAGAAGCUCAAACAGCCCAUCGAUUGUACUUUGAUCCGCAAGCUGUCGGUACUGACGGGCCAAUUCACGCAUCAUACGCUAAACAGUAUUCAAAGACGCACCAACUCUGUUAUGAAACUAUGAUAAACUUAGGGGUCCCAGAAAAUAGAGCACACCAUGCCGGGUCUAACGUUGGCAUUUGGACGAAUCUAAACUCCGUGAACCCCGACGAUAAUACUAGGUCAUACGCUUCAUCGGCAUAUUAUGUACCUAACUCGUCGAGAAAAAAUCUAUUCAUCUUGACUGAGGCUCUUGUUCAAGAGGUCAUCCUUAUUCAAUGCAAUGGGGAAUGGACCGCAACAGGUGCUCGAUUCACGCAUGGCAGCAACUCUUACACCGCAUCGGCAUUGAGAGAGGUCGUUAUUAGUGCAGGAAGUGUCCAGUCGCCACAGUUGCUGGAGCUUUCUGGCGUAGGAAACCCUCAAGUUCUCAAGGAUGCGGGUAUAGAGGUCAAAAUCUCCAAUCUGAAUGUUGGCGAGAACCUACAGGACCAUCUGCUGUCCUUAUCUAUCUUUGAAGUCGACCCAUCCUUACAGAAGGCCGACUUGGAACCUCCGGGUACCCCUUAUUGUUACCUUCCGAUUUCAGCCGUAACAUCAAAGCAGAAGUUUGAGCAACUUGCUUCGAAGGUCAGGGCGCUAGAUCAGCAUCCUCCAGAGAAAUCGAGAAUUUUGCAAGGCAGGUUUGAUCCUUUUGCCAAUCUCGGUCAAUUCGAGUAUAUAUUUGACCUUGCAAACUGGAGUUCAGAUUUCCGGUCAGCAGCAGAGAAUGGGAAGAAAUAUUUAAGUAUUCUGCAAAUACUCCAAUACCCUUUCUCACGGGGAAGUAUCCAUAUUCGGAAGCGGCCUGAAAACGCAAGUAGCGACAUCAACAGAUCAACUAUUGCAGACAAACCAGUCAUUGAUCCUGGGUAUUACUCUGGUCCUCACGGAGAGAUAGAUCGGGAUAUCAUGGCAGAGUGCAUACAAUUUUCCAAUAGAAUUUCUCGGUCGACACCCCUGUCCGAGGUUGUCCGCUCGAGGGUAUUUCCACCAUCUUCGAUAGAGAGUGAUGAUGAACUAAGGGACUGGGCUUCCAAGAAUACGACAACCGAUUGGCACCCAAUAGGAACCUGCGGCAUGGGGGGUAGGGGUGGCAUUGACUCAGGGGUAGUUGACGACCGACUUCGGGUUUAUGGCGUGAAAAGACUGAGAGUUAUUGACGCAAGUAUAAUGCCACUUCAGAUCAGUGCGCAUCUUCAAGCCACAGUAUAUGCCAUUGCGGAGAAAGGGGCUUAUUUGAUACGUGAGGAUAACCUAGACAGGAGGUCUUGAGCAGCAAGAGGAGCUCACCACUCUCCCGUUUUGCUACUUGGCAUUGUAUUCAAGGCAGCCACCUAUCUAUAACUAUCAUGAACCCCUCCAAGGUCAAUGUCAACAUUGAGGUUAGUGUGACUGUUAGAACCAUAAACAGGUGUGACAAAUCUAUAUCCAAUAUAUUUCUGC